AUGCGGAUCGCUGCGCUGGUUCCCGUCCUAUUGACCUUUUCUUCGUCUGUCCUUGCUACCUGCUGGUUUCCAGAUGGCCAGGAGUCUACCCUCGACACUGCUUGCAACCCCAACGCCAUAGUCUCCUCGUGCUGCUUCGACCGUCAAGCAUGUCUCUCUAAUGGACUAUGUGUUUCCGACCCCCAUGACCCAGCAAAAGCACGCACGCAUCGAGGAACAUGCACAGACCGAGGCUGGAAGAGCGGAAACUGUGUGCGCCAGUGUUUUGAUAACAUGCACGCUGGUGCACCCGUCUACAGCUGCAAUGUCACUGACGUUGACUCUUACUGCUGCUAUGACAACUGCAAGUGUGAGAAUCCGUUCGAGGUCUUUUCCUUUGAUGGAACACCUGCAAACGUAUCCACUAUGACUGUCAUUCUCGAGUCGUUCACUCAGACUCGCAACCCAACAGCUACAGCGAAGCCCCAGAAUCCCAGCAACCUGCCAGCAACUUCCUUUGCUCUCCCUACUGGCUCCCCGAAUGGCUCUGCGAAUAGCUCUGCAUCCGCUGAAGUGGCCUCAUCUUCAACAUCAAGCCCCAAUUACCUCGCGCUCGGCAUUGGCCUGGGCCUGGGCCUGGGCCUAGGUUUUCCUAUCAUCUUCCUUGUCGCCUUCUUCUGCUGGCGUCGCAGAAAGGCAGCAGCCAAGAAAUCACUUCAGAAUUCAAGGCAGCCCCCAGAGUUGAACAGCGCCGAAUAUUACCCACCAGCACAAAAAUACGCAUACAACCUUGAUGGCAUGCCCAAGGCUCCGCAGUAAGAAUGCCAACUGUUCACCGUUUCUAAGCGUCCAGACUAACACCUUUCUCCAGACCCGCAUCAUCUCCCGAAAUUUCGCCUUCAGAAAAGGACCUAGCUCGGAUCCACGUGGCCGAGCUACCAGAUGACCAGGUCCUUCUCCCCAGCUCAUCACAUGGCCAACCGGGGAACGAUAAACAAUUUUAAACGAUACUUGUAUAAAUGCUUAGACACAAGAAAGUGUACCAAUAUUACUUUUGCCUUUUGGACGCCAUGUAAGGAUAAGGAUGAUGAGAACCGUUAGAUAUACCCCCAACCCCCAAUAAUUUUACAUCAAGUAGACGAAAGGAACGAACGAAGUAGUAGUAAAUAGCACCAUGAAUCAAGAACUCAAUCACC